UUGUCAUUUCAUCGUGUAUAUACAGUAGACACAGAUGCUCUUAUAUAUAAAUAUAAGUAUUUUAAAAGGAAAGGCUUGGUAGAAAAUGAGAGAUAGAAUGGAGAGACUUGUGGUGCUUCCUUUCUCCGUCGGAUGUAUCUCCGAUUCUAGUGUUGCCGUUUUAUCUCCUCUCUCUAAGCCUCAUCAUCAUCGUUCUCCUCAAGAGAUUCGUCGCGAUCAAGAGGAGGAAGACCACAUGAAGAAUGUAUUCAAGUUCCUCGCAGUUUCUAAACCGGAGAUUUCUACCGGUAUUAACCGGCUUUUCAAGAGCUUCAAAACCAUUUCUCAACUCUUUGCUGACAAAGAAGAAGAAGAGAAGGAAGAAUUGGAGACAUCAGGAAUGGAGAUAGGAGUUCCAACAAACGUAAAACAUGUAUCGCACAUCGGUUGGGAAAGCGGAUUAACCGCAGUUACAGGUCCAGGUAAAGGAUGGGAAGAUCUGAUCAUACCACAGGAGUUGCUUGCAGCCGCCGGUUCAACAAAACAAGAUGUUAAUCAUCCUCAUCAUCAUCAUCGUCGUCAUCAUGAGCUUCAUCCAACUUUAUAAUUCACUCAAUCACUCCAUAACUCUCUCUAUUUAAAAAUUUAUAUAUUUUAUGCUUUGUUUUACGAAUCUCUCUCUAGACAUAUUUUCAUAUGGUGUGAGUUUGAUCUAUGAAAAUAUAUAAUGUAUGAAUAUGCAUCGUUAUGUAAAUAUUUUGUAUGUUUAUAAACUUAUUAUAGCCUUAAGCCAAUUUAAGUACU